AUGACCACAAUCACUGAGGAUCUGGAAGAUACCCUACAAAAUCUACUACUGAAAUUCUGGGUACAAGAAGAAGUACCACGGGGACUCGACGGCAAACUCAAUCCAGAUCAACAUCAGUGUGAACGGCACUACGAAGAGAACCAGACACGCGCAGGUACUGGAAGAGUACAAGAAAUUGAGCGAAGACUACCUAAAAACUACCUGUUCAACCACAAAACAUACUAUUUGCCGCAUCAUGGUGUACUGAAGCCGGACAGCGCCAAUCUAAAUCCAGACAUCUUCGAUGUACUAAUCUGGAUACGCAGACACAGGCAUUUAUUCUCCACAGACAUCAUGAAGAUGUACAGACAAAUAUUGGUCCACCAAGACGAUUGGGAUCUACAGCGAAUUCUAUGGAUGGACGAACAAGGCAACGAAGUCAUUUACCAAUUGACAACAGUCACAUACGGAAUCAGAACAGCCCCAUUCUUGGCUGUGCGAACACUCCUCCAACUUUUACAUGACGAAGGAGACAAUUACCUACUCGCUAUACCUUCUCUCAAAUACGGAAGAUACGUAGACGGCAUCUUUGGAGGUGCAGACAAUCUAAACCAACUAGUGGAAACAGCAACACAAUUACGGGACCUCUGA